AAUGAACCGUAGGUAAAUGUGAUUAGUCGUCAAUUUUUCUUACCCUGAGUUAAUAUAGUUUUAUCUAACCACGUGAACAUACAAGAACAUUGAUUACCUUAACCAUGAAUAUAAGUUGAGGUCGUGAGGUGGGAGGGCACGUGAAGGAAAGGUCAAUCGAGUUCAUUUUGAGGCUGUAGAGGUAGUCAUCGAGAUAGUCGAUGUAAUUGGAGUCGUAGACGAGGCCGGGAUCCACCCCCUUGGAGGGCGGAAAUGGCUAAAGGAGUGAAAUUGAAGUAUUUGUAUGGACACGGACAUGGCGAUAUGUUGGUGUCGACAUGUCGGUGAAAUGAGAAAGGCGUAGAUUGUCAAAGGUUGGCAAUUGAUUGGGGAAGUUAAUAGGCAUGGACUCCAACUCCCAAGUCCCAAGCAUUCAAUUUUCUCACCCACUUUGCCUUUAUCCACAUUUAUUCGCUUCGCCACGUCCAAAUUCACAAUCACAUUUGAUUGUCAAAAGCUUUGAAUGGUCAAGACAAGCAGCCACCGGCACCGACAGACGCCCCUCAUCUUACUUGAUAUCAAAACUAUGCCUUUUUCAGUACAUUUCCACCCAUACCCAACUGGACCAGUUGCACAAGUGCUUCAUAUAAACAUAAAGAUUUUGGCUUCGCACUCUAAUUAAAUGCCCAACUCUUAGUCUUCGUUUCCUCAACUGUAAAACCCAUUCCUAAUUGGAGUUGAACACCCCCUUCUAUUUAAACACUAUUCUGCACCUUUUCAACCUCACUUCCACGUCAACCUUCCCAAACAAUCAAGCUUACCAGUCUUGUUUGUGCAAGAGUGGCCAUGGGCGGCAAGGUUGUAAGGAAUCAGCUAUGGGGUAUGCUUGUUGCGGUGCUUGCAUUCUGGUGCUGCACCGCCCAGCAACAACCCCAAGUUCCUUGCUACUUCAUUUUUGGCGACUCUUUGGUUGAUAAUGGCAAUAACAAUCGCCUUUCUUCUCUGGCUCGCGCCAAUUACCUCCCUUAUGGCAUCGACUUUCCCCAAGGCACUACUGGAAGAUUCUCCAAUGGCAAAACCACCGUCGAUGUCAUUGCGGAGUUAUUGGGAUUCAAUACCUACAUCCCUCCCUAUUCCAACACCAGAGGCCGAGACAUACUUAGAGGAGUGAACUAUGCGUCUGCAGCGGCUGGAAUAAGAGAGGAAACUGGCCAGCAGUUGGGGGCUCGGAUAAGCUUCAGUGGGCAAGUGAGAAAUCACCAAAACACUGUUAGACAGAUAGUCAACAUUCUUGGUGAUCAAAAUGCGGCUGCUGAUUACUUGAACAAGUGUAUAUAUUCUGUUGGAUUGGGUAGCAAUGAUUACCUUAACAACUAUUUCAUGCCCCAAAUCUACUCGUCGAGUCGUCAAUAUACCCCCGAUCAAUACGCUCAAAUCCUCAUUCAACAGUAUACUCAACAAUUAUCGAUAAUGUACAACAAUGGGGCAAGGAAGUUUGUGCUAUUUGGAGUUGGCCAAAUUGGGUGCAGUCCAAAUGCACUGGCGAAUAGCCCUGAUGGGAGAACCUGUAACCAAAGGUACAACUUUGCGAAUCAGUUGUUCAACAACCGGCUGAAAGGGCUUGUGGAUCAACUCAAUAGAGACCAGCCUGAUGCGAGAUUCAUCUACAUUGACUCUUAUGGGAUUUUCCAAGAUAUCAUAAACAGCCCUUCAUCUUUUGGGUUUAGUGUUACAAAUGCUGGGUGCUGUGGGAUUGGGAGGAACAAUGGCCAAAUAACAUGUUUGCCUUUCCAAACCCCAUGUCCUAACAGAAAAGAUCAUCUAUUUUGGGAUGCCUUUCAUCCAACUGAGGCUGGCAACACCAUUGUUGGAAGAAGAGCUUACAGCGCUCAACGUCCCUCCGACGCCUACCCAAUCGACAUUCGUCGACUCGCUCAACUCUAGUUUAAAUCCGACCGAUCGGACUUGUUGAGUUUAUGCAUAAGUUGUUGGAAGAGUUCUAAUGUCCCUUUAAUUGUUUACGUUUUGGUGGUGUGUGCCAUUCUUCUCAAGAACAUGGCAUGCUUGCUCUCAAUUUAUGGCUCGUGUUUGUGUUAGACGUUUGAGAUUUAACUAAAUCUCUCAUGAUGUACCCUAAAGCAAAUCAAUCAAAUCAAUCAAUGAAAACCUAAUAUGUUAGAAACGAUCAGUU